AUGACGUCAGGGGGCAGUGUCGGGGGAGUGAAUGAGGGCAGCAUGAGGCCGCGCGGCUUUUUGGGCGCGGGACAGCGGCUGAGUAGAGCCAUGAGCAGAUGUGUUUUGGAGCCUCGGCCCCCGGGGAAGCGGUGGAUGGUGGCUGGCCUGGGGAAUCCCGGACUGCCCGGCACGCGACACAGCGUGGGCAUGGCGGUGCUGGGGCAGCUGGCGCGAAGGCUGGGUGUGGCGGAGAGUUGGACGCGCGACCGGCACUGUGCCGCCGAUCUCGCCCUGGCCCCGCUGGGGGAUGCCCAACUGGUCCUGCUCCGGCCACGGCGGCUUAUGAACGCCAACGGGCGCAGCGUGGCCCGGGCUGCGGAGCUGUUUGGGCUGACUGCCGAGGAAGUCUACCUGGUGCAUGAUGAGCUGGACAAGCCCCUGGGGAGACUGGCUCUGAAGCUGGGGGGCAGUGCCAGGGGCCACAAUGGAGUCCGUUCCUGCAUUAGCUGCCUCAACUCCAAUGUGAGUCUACCCUUUUGUUGUGCAACUGGGUCGGGUGGGCCAGGGGUCCCCCAGCACCUCGCCAAACUUCCUGGGCCUCUCUGGCUCUCCCACAGGCAAUGCCAAGGCUGCGGGUGGGCAUUGGGCGCCCGACGCACCCUGAGGCGGUACAGGCCCAUGUGCUGGGCUGCUUCUCCCCUGCUGAGCAGGAGCUGCUGCCUCUGUUGCUGGAUCGAGCCACUGACCUGAUCUUGGACCACAUCCGUGAGCGAAGCCAGGGGCCCUCAUUGGGGCCGUGACACUAGUGGCCAUGGCUGCCUGCCUGACUGUAGUGCCCACCAACCCAGCCACAGCCACAGAGCUGCCACGCCAGCCUUGGUAUCUACUUUUUAUACAAAUCUCCUCUAGACUGUUCCAGGCUGCCUGCGGAUUAAAGUGGGGGUGACUGACUGGACCAGUCCAUUUCUGGAGUAGGUUCUUCUCUCUGUGUCCUACUUGGGACGUAGGGGAACUUCAGGAAGACUAAACUUUUCAAGCCUUUUUAGAGAACCAGGUGCACGCAUCUGUAAGAUUAAAGAUGCUGGCUUGGAGGCCGGGUGCAGUGGCUCACGCCUGCAAUCCCAGCACUUUGGGAGGCCGAGGCUGGGGGAUUGCUUGACGUCAGGAGUUCGAGACCAGCCUGGCCAACAUGGUGAAACCCCAUCUCUACUAAAAAUACAAAAAGUAGCUGGGCAUGAUGGUGCAUGCCUGUAAUCCCUGCUACUUGGGAGACUGAGGCAGGAGAAUCACUUGAACCCGGGAGGCGGAGGUUGCCGUGAGCUGAGAUUGCGGCACUGCACUCCAGUCUGGGUGACAGAGUGAGACUCUGUCUCAAAAAAAAAAAAAAAAAAGAUGCUGGCUUGGAAGCUGAGGCCUCUUCAGGAGGAUCCCACUCUUUCCCUGCUGGUGGGGGAGGGAACAACAGGGUCCAGCCAACCCCCCUCCCAGGGCACGUGUGGGCAUGCUUUGGCCCGCUGAGGCUUGGCCACUCCUUUCUUCAGCCCAUUUUACAGAUGGGAAGGCUCAGAGAGAUCUGGUUACAUCCCCAGGGCCACACAGCUGUGGCCUGGCAGAGCCUCAGUUUGCACCCAGGACUGGCUGCUAUCUUGCUUUCCCUGGGGCCCCUGGCACCCUCACCUCAGGGCUGCUGUGUGCCCGGAAGGUCCCCACACGGGUGAUAUAUGACAGCAGCCUGAGGUCCUGGGGGUUGGGUGGGACAUGGGCCUGGCGAGGUACCAGGCCUAGAUCCCCCGGCUGGUAGGGGGUGAUGUCAGAGAGCUGCGGCAGCAGAGACCCAGUCCUGGGCAGCUGGAUGCUGGGCUGGCUGUGGGGAGGGGGCCGAGGGUCACAGAGCCUUCGGCGAGCCAGGUUUCUGGCCCAGGGUGAGCCGAGCACUGUCCCCAUGGCUGAAUGCCUUUGCCCUGCUCUCUAUGGCCGGCUCUGAGGCCACACAGGGCCACUUGCUCACCUCUCCUUGGGUGGGCCAUGGGACUGUGACUCCCGGUGGGGACACACAGCCUUCUGAGGUCUCGGGACCACAGUGGAGCCGAGCAUGACCAGCAGUUGCUGCAGCAUCUCCUUGUGCCAUGGCUGGAACGUCACGUCAAAGUCGCUGUCCUCUUCAUCGGGGUGCAUCUGUUGGUGAGGGUGGGGUGACAGCAGGCCCACAGUGGCCCCAGUACCCACCCUCCUCCAGGAAAUUCCAACCUCAGUGCCCAUUUCCACAAAGUUUUCCCUGUCUGUGGUGGGAUACCCAUUCUUCAGUCUGGAAGACUGAGGCCCGAGACCUUUCAGAGCCUCAGAGAAGGAAUCCAACUCCUUUAAGACCUUGGAGGGAUCUUUGAAGGCCAGAAUCAGCGAAGGACAGACUUUCCAGGAGUCUCUCAGGGAAAAGAGGGGCCUCUGAUCCUGAGGCUGCCCCUUCUCUGCAAGCAGCUUCCAUCUUGGGCUCACUCCCCCUCCCUUUGCGCCCUCCCUCCCUCCCUUCUGCUCACCUGCAGAAUGUUCUGUAGGAAGGAGGUGGCCUGGACCAGAGCCGCCUCCAGGCUGGCCCGAACCUUCUGCUCAUUAGCCAGUUUUUGCUGUAGCUGCUGCAAAUCCACCUGCUUCUGCUCCAGCUGCAGGCUCAGCUGGUCUCUCUGGCUCCUGGACCCCAACUGGGAUGAGUCAACAGCCUUCCCCCUUCCCCAGGACUGGGGCCACCUGGGGCCAGGGGCCCUGCCAUUUAUCUCCAAGCCCACAGGGGCCCCCAUCCUGCCCCAAGCCUCAGCCUGUCUGGCAGGCUUCUGUAGAGAGGGGAAGUCACUGGCCUGGGUCGUGGGAUCAGAAAGAGCUGGGCCGGAGCUUGGCCCCAGCCUGCCCCCGCCGCCCGCCCCUCCACGGGCCAUACGCACUUCAGUGCCUGGUUGUCCACCUGCAGCUGCAGGGAUCUCUGCUCCAACUGGCUCAGCAGUAGGCGCAGCUCCUGGGCCUCCUUGGUGUCCUGCUGCUGCUCCUGGCACUUCUUGGUCAGCAUGAGGAUGAUCUGCGGGUGCGGACAGGUGGCCAUGCCCUCAGCCUGCCCUGUCCCCCAGCUGCAGACACAGCCAGGCCUCCCGUGUUCCCCUAUGCGGAGCGGCCAGUGAGCUCUCCAGGGCUGGGCUCUGCUUCCAUAAGUUAUGGGGGCUUUAAGUAUAUACAAUCCGGAGCUAGGCCCAGCGCCCUGCAGCCCCCACAGGAGGCCCAGUCCUCUCUCUGCUGCCUCCCUCCCUCCUGACUUGACUGCCCCGACUCUGCCCCUGCAGGGCCCCCAGGGUGGCCUCCUGCCUUUCGUGCCAAACGCCCUGUGCUGAGUCCUGCAGGCACACCUUCUGGUGGCCUCUUUUGUGCCUGGCCAUGACCUUCUGGGUGUUCUCCAGCAGCUCCAGCUGUUUGCACAGAUUGUUCUGGCUUCCCUUGAGUUGCUCAUUCUCCCGCAGCAGCUUCAUGCCUUGCUGGGAGACCCUGGCCAUCUGCAGGCUAAUGCCGUUGUUCUCUUUGAUGGCCCGCUUGGUUGUCUCCCACAUCCGGUUCGUGGUCACCUUGUGGAACUCAUUGGCCACGAGGUUCACGCGCUGGAUGAUCUCUUUCCUCAGUCUGGCCAGAAAGGUGGGAGGGGAAGGGGUCAGACAGAGCAGGCACAAGCCCUGGGCACACCGCUUUGUGAGGUUCCCAGAGCACCUAGGGCUGUUAAACACCAGCAUGUUCUCUCUCUGGGAGGGUUGGGGCUAUGGGCGGGAGGCUUUCCCUGUAGAUCCUCUGGACCUUUGUAAUUGGUACCAUUUCGAUGUACUCUCACCUGUUAAGUAAACAUGAUUUAAUCUAAAUAAGUGGCAAAAGGAAGCCCUGGGAGUCUCCAAUGCCAGCGUGAGGACUGCAGCUGGGAGCUUAUUCCUUUUCUCCCACCUCUCCAAAAUCACCAGCUGGGAUUCCAAGGAGUAGCAGGUUGUGGGGGCGGGGGUCAGUUUCCCCAUCUAACCCCCCAGUUAGAAGCUGAGGCCUGAAGACUAGGAUGUUCGUAGCCCCAGGGAUGAAGCCUCCAAAGGCCCGAAAGGGUGCCCCGUUUGCCCACCUGUCCUUGUCCAGCACCGACUUCUUCUCCAGGUUGUAUGCAUAGUCCCUGAACUCAUUCUCCUGCUUCCGCACCUGCUCCUCCAGCAACGUGAACUUGUCCGUGACCUCCUCUUUCUGCAGCCGGAACUCCUCCAGGGCUGCCAGCUUCCCCCCUGGCCGCCACAGCGCACAAGGCCCAAUGAUGGGCUGCCUCAGAGGACAGGGCCUGGCGAGGACCUUAAAGAUGCCCCUUAGGUCCCUGUCCCUUCCUGUGCGCCCUGUGCAGUCUCAGUGGGGCAGGUCUACCAUCCCCCACCUACCCUGCCUGGCCCUGUCACCUUUACUGCCUUCAUCUGGGUUGCCCUCCCUCCACCCCUCCAUGAAUGUUAUGAAGCUUUGUUCAGGUUCCACCUCCUUCAAGAAGCCUUCCUUGAUACUCUCAUGAAAGUGACAGUGACAACAACAACUGUAUUUUUUUUUUUUUUCUUUUUGAGACAGGGUCUUGCUCUGUCACUCAGGCUGGAGUGCAGUGGCACAGUCACAGCUCACUGCAGUCUCAACCUCCCAGGCUCAAGAGAUCCUCCCACCUCAGCUUCCCAAGUAGCUGGGACUACAUACGUGCACCACCACAGCUGGCUAAUUUUUGUAUUUUUUUGGUAGAGAUGGAGUGUCGCUAUGUUGCCUAGGCUUGUCUCAAGCUCCUGGGCUCAAGCAAUCCUCCCGCCUUGGCCUCCUAAAGCACAGGGUUUACAGGCAUGGGCCACCACGCCCAGCCAGCAGCUGGACUGUAUAUAUUCUCUGGGUUAGGUUCUAAUGCCGUCUGACAUUUGAGCCUCACAACCCUUGCCAACUGGGGGACCUUGGUCACGACACUUCACCUUUUGAGGUGCUUCCUUGUCUACAAACUGGUUGGGGGAUGUUUCCAGCUUCGUAGGAUUGCUGGGACAAUUAAGGAAGACAGUGUGUGCCAAGCAGCAUGUGGCUAUUAUCCCUGUUUCCCAGGUGAGAAACAGGGUCAGUGAUAGAGCUGGGAUGUGUGCCUGCAGGCUCACCAGCCAGUCCCCUCCUCACCAAGGAUGAUGUUCUCCGUGGUGAGCUGGUCUUUGGUCUCCUGGAACUCGUGGCGCACCUGGGCUAGCUGCGCCUCGAAGGCAUCCUUCUCCAUCUCUUUGGCUAGCUGCAAGUUCUGGAGCUGCUCGUUGAGGUCUGUGAUCUCAUCAACCUGCUGGUUGAGCGUGCGCUUGAGGAAGGCCACAAUCUCCUUCUUGUUAUUGGCCAGCUGCUCGAACUCCUGGCGGAACAGCUUCUCCUGCACAGCCAGCUCAUCCCACUUCCGCUGGUACCUGGGGCAGGGGCGGAGCCAUGGUCCAGGGGUCAGGCUGGGCAAGCCAAGCCUCUGGUGCAGCUGGGCCCACUCUCCUGGACUCCCUGUCCCGUAAAGGGGCAUUUGAGAUUCCUUGUGAUCAGAAUCCAGCCUCAUCUCCCACUAUGCCCCUUGAUCUGGCAGUCAUGACCACAGCCAAUGCCUGUGCUUAGCAUGUUAUUUUCAUUACAUCACUAGAAUGUAAACUCCAUGAGGGCAGGGCCUUGUUACGUUUACAAGUAUGUCCCCAACACCUGUGCCUGGCAGAUAGCAGGUGUGCAGUGUGUUUGUUAAAUCGUUACAACAACCUAUAAGAAUGUAGGUACUAUGAUGAUUUUAUACCUAUUGGACAGAUGAGGAAACUGAGGCUCAGAAGGAUAAAGUAACUCUGAGUUUGUAAGUGGCACAGCCAGGACUUGAACCUGAGUCAGUCUGAUCCCCAGAAGCAAGGCUCUUAGCCACAAUGCCUGCUGCAGUGGGCCAGCUCUCCAUCCCUCCAUAACUCUUCCACACUUUCCAAUCCCAAGUCUUUGUACCUGGCAUCUCCCUUACCUUUUUCCAUCCAGUAACCCUGGUGUUUUCUCCUCAGUGGACCCUUCUUGGCCCUGAGCCACAUUUGUGGCCCUCUCUUUGGUGCUCCUGUAAGUUGGCCCUUGUCCCACUGAGUGGUCAAAACCUAGUAACAUGUCCCUCUCCUCCACCUCUGUAUUCCCAGGGCUUGGCAAAUAGUAAGCACCCAAUAACUCUGUUAAAUACAUUUGCUUUGAAUACAUUCUA